GUGUCUCUGUGUGGAGGAUGGCGAGAAGGAUGCAGAUAGACUGUGGCUUUUAGCCUUUUACUAGCACUGACGCUCCACUCAGGCCACCACCAUCGUGGCAGAGAAAGAAAGAGACAGACCACGCUAUCAAGCCAACUGGCUAACCUCAGACCCUCAACCCGCUGCGUGACAGAGGACCACAAACCCAGCCCUCCACGCCGGCCCACUCCCACCACCCGGGCUUCGUUAGGUGGGCCCCCUCUCAUCUCCAGCCCUGGUCGGUGGAGAUCGACUGCAGCGAGGGCUCCACGCUGUUCUGGCUUCCCUGUCAUGGCAUCAAACAGCAUCUUUGACUCCUUCUCCAACUACAGCAGCAGCCUGCUCAGAGAGCCGCCCACCACCAGACGGUUCACGCCGCCCUCCACGUCCUUCCCCUGCAGUAAGAUUGGAGACGGCAACGGGGCCAUGUCCACCGCGGGGCCCCUCAGGUCAAGACCGGACACCAGGAACGUGGUGGACGUCUUGGCUGACCACGCCGGCGAGCUGGUCCGGACCGACAGCCCCAACUUCCUCUGCUCUGUCCUCCCGUCUCACUGGAGGUGCAACAAGACGCUCCCCGUGGCUUUCAAGGUCGUGGCUCUCGGUGAUGUUCCCGAUGGGACUCUGGUCACCGUGAUGGCCGGGAACGACGAGAACUACUCGGCCGAGCUGAGGAACGCCUCAGCCGUGAUGAAAAACCAGGUGGCCCGCUUCAACGACCUGCGUUUCGUGGGCAGGAGCGGACGAGGAAAGAGCUUCACUCUGACCAUCACCGUGUUCACCGGACCGCCACAAGUGGCCACCUACCACCGCGCCAUCAAAGUCACCGUGGAUGGACCCCGGGAACCGCGCAGGCACAGAGUGAAGAUAGAAGACCCCCAGAAGAUGCAGUUCUCGGACAGACUGUCAGAGAUCGAGCGCUACCAGAGGUCUAUGCGAAUAGGCCAAGUGAACAAUAAUCCCCGCCCCAUCCACCAAACCCACCUCAGCACCACACAAGCCCUGUGGCAGGAGCAAAUGGACACCCCUGCUCUGAAGACAUGCAAGGUGGAGGAGGACCUGAGAUCAUGGCCAGGGACUACAGAGCUCUUCCAACCGAGGACCCCCUUCCCAUCUCUGUCGCCGCUGACUGACCCUCGCUUCUCAGACCCCCGCAUGCAUUACCCCGGGGCCUUCCCUUACUCCACCAACACCUCCAGCACUGGCAUCAGCGGCCUCAGCAUGUCAGCCUCUUCUAGAUACCACACCUAUCUGCCACCACCCUACUCAAACAACCAAUCCCAGAACUUCCAGUCCAACUCCUACCUGUAUUAUGGCACAGGCUCCGGAUCCUACCAGUUCUCCAUGGUGGCGCCAGGGAACACCGGGGGCGAGCGCUCCCCUACCCGCCUGCUGUCCUGCUCGGGGGCCGGGGGCACCGGAGGGACCAACAGUCUGAUGAACCCUGGCCUGAACACCCAGAGCGAGGGCGUGGAGGCCGAUGGCAGCCACAGCAACUCCCCCACAGCCAUGAGCGCUUCGGGCCGCUUGGAUGAGUCCGUCUGGAGGCCUUACUGACUGACAGACAGCUAGACAAUCAGAGGGUGCGGGAGAAGUGAGGGAGGAAAAGCAAAGAGGACGAUGAACAAAAAAAAAAUCAAAAACAAAAGCUGAACACUGAAAGUAAAAAAAAAAAAAAAAAAUACAAAAAAAAAGAAGAAAUGCUGCAUGUUUGCCUUUUAUUUCUCUGGCACUUGCUUUACAGACUUUCUGUGUUUUACCAACUCUCCCAAAACUUCCAUGUAUUUUGUAAAUUUUGAGUGAACUCCUGCACUGUGCUAAAACACGUACUCUUAAGGGACUAUAAAAGCCAUAUAAAAGUGAGAUGAUGUUCAGCUGAGACUGUAAAUAGAAGUGAGAGUAAAAACCAGAGAAGCCAUGGUAACGUUUCAGGAUCAUUUGUCUGGUGCAAACUGGCACUCAAAGACAUAAGAACAAAAUACAAUGGAGGUACAAUCAAUGACUACAGCUGAUGAACUGAAAAGCCACAGCAGACAUUCAUCAAGCAGACUGUUUAUACUGAUUCAACUCACCUGGUAGGUGGAGGAGAGCAGUCGGACUGGAUGUUUUACUCCACCGAGUGACGUCGACAUCCUUCCACGGCUGCACUGCUGUAGCAAUCGGUUCUCUUAAGCUUUAAUUUCUGCAAAAUUUAAAUAUCAAAAAAGAUAUUGUCAGUUGUGGAAACAUCCCCAGAUGCAUCCAGAGCUGUUUCAUGUGCUCACAGCACAUAUGCAGUACCUUAUUGCCUAAUUUAUUAUCCAAAUGAGAAUUAUUAGCCUUUGGUGCUAUGGUAUGCAGGUUCGACAAUCGCUGCAUAUUUGAAAGAAAAGACAUUUUAUCUGUCAGGACUCACGUGUUUAAGAAAUGAAUUCUCCUCUGCUGUGUCAUCAGUGUGUCAAGUUUCAACAGGACAAUGGCUGAUAUUUUGAGGAAUGUAAAAGACUAACGCAGAAGAGUGUUUAUUGGUUUCUUUUUCCCCCAGGAAUAUUUGAGUCCUGUUGUGUCUACUUUUUCCUUAUUCAAGCCCUUUUCUGAAAAAAAGAAAACAAGAAGUCCUAGUCUGGUAUUUUUCAACUGGAUGACAUGGUUUACUUUUGAUAUUUAUUUGAGCCAAAUUGUGAGGAAAUGUACGCAUAUACCCCAAAUCUUUGAGCAUUUCUCGCUACCUUUCCUUUUUUUUAUAUAAAUAUAUAUACAGUAUAUAUACCAUGUUUUGUUGUUAAGUAUAAAUUUGGAAUUUGUGUAAUAUAUUGUUACUAAAUUAUAAAAAAAAAACAGUGUAAUUAUUUUGUCUUCCAAUGUAGCUUUGAUGCACUAAGAACUUUUAUUCCUUAUGAACCACACCCAACAGAUUCUGUGAGUGAGAUGGUGUAUCUAGAGCCAUAAUCUUUAAAAAAAAAAAAAAAAAAAAAAAAAAAACAAACUUCCAAAUUGCUUUCCUGCGCUAAAUGAAUCAUUUGCUUAUUGUUUGCACUAUGUUUGAACUUUUAUCUCUUUUAUGGUUUUGCAUUUACAACUAUUGGAAAGUCAGCAGAGCUAAAUAUUAAAAAAAAAAAAAAAAAAGAUUCCUUAAAGUGUCCUUUUAACAAAACUUUACCAAAUAAUUAAUGAUUUCAUGAUUAGACACACAUACACAUUCCUGCACCACAGGUGUGUGUGCACAUUCCCCCUGUCCUGAGGGUGUUUUUCCCCUGCAGUUACGCAUGUGAUCCCUCUAUCCCUGGAGGGGACGAGUGUGAGGAUGAAGGGACAGAAGGAGGCAGCGGGGUCAGAGAAGUAUCUUCUUACCAACGCCUAGCGUGGUUAUGCAAAGAGAGAAAGAGAGAAAGAAAAAAAACUUCCCCUGUUGUGCACAGGUCCCUUUGUUCUGAAUAAUCAGUGAGUGCUUUGAAGCCUUUAUGGCCCUGAUUCUGUCUUUGCUGGUCUAAUUUACUGAUCAUCAGUGCCAGGGGCUCACAGCUAAAUAUUUCAUACACCUGCACAGAUCACGGUGGUAUGAGCCACACUGAGGCAUUUACGGCAGGUAUCAGGUGUCCGGUGUUUACCUGGAAAGUCCGCCAAAAGAAGGAAGAUGAUUUGCAUUCAUGGCUCUGAAAGAUGCUACACAAGUGGGAUUUAAUUUCAAAGUGAUCCAAAGCUAGCAUUUGCAGCUCAGGUACAAAUAUGUUAUGCAAGGUGUUUUGUCGAUCCAAUAUAAAGCCCCUCUGCCUUAUUCCUAUUGUUUAACUAUCGGUAACAAUGUCUCAUUCCUAUUUCCCUUAUGAUUUGGAGGAAUACAAGUUUCCUGCGCUCUCCUCUGGAGCCUUUAUAUGGUAGAAGACCUUACUGUACUAUGGGCAAACAAGAAAAAAAAUCAUGCAGCUAGAGAAACCAAAUAUGUAGUUAUAUUUGUGUGGUUACUUCAAAAAAAGAAAAAAAAAAACAAAGAUCUUCACAAUUGCCUUUGACUAUAACACAGCUGUCAGUGAUGGGAAAGAUGUAUGGUAACUGAAUCAUGUCUUGAUUGAUCUCUAAUAACAUUCUUUAUGCAAAACUAGAACGCCGAAAUGUACAAGUGAAUUGUACUUGAUUGUAUAUUGGAUUAAAGAGCACAAUGUUACAUUUUCUUUUAUUUCUUUCUAACAGAAUCCCCCUCUCCUUUUCAUUUACCAAAAUGUUAAGUCAUCUUGCUGUCUUCCUUUCUCUUUAUGCUCAAAGCAUGUACAUCUGACAGUGAUGUUAAUUUAAGAAUCUCAUCAACAUAUAAUUAUAAUGUUAAUGCUUCCAUAUUGAGUGCUUGUACAAUUUGCGGAUAAUGUAGUUUUUAAUCAUUUUAAUUAAAAAAUGUGUCUCA